AUGCUUGGAACACCGUAUUCUUAUCGACUUCGUCGUGUUAAGAGACAUGUAACUUUGCUCUCGGUUCAUCGUUUUGUGCACGGUCUGUUAUUGUUACAGAGAUCGUCUUUGCCUUUGCUGUUAAUUCUUUUAGCUAACGAUGUGGAAUUAAAUCCUGGUCCAGUUAUUUCAUCUGAGCAUCUCGAACACGGUUCAUCCGUCGUAAAUAAUCGAAGCAACACCAUCGCGACUGAACGUAAGACAUUUCGCUGUUUGAGCUGGAAUACGCGAAGUUUGUUUAGUUUACAUAGAACAUCUGAUGGAGAUAUGAUAUCAAAUAAUUCAAGUCUUCAAGAUUUUGUAUACUCGGAGCAAAUAGACAUCGUUUUCCUCACUGAAACGUGGCUGUCCGAUAAACACUUUGAUGCAGAAAUUUUACGUCAAGAUUAUAACGUUUUCCGUGUCGACCGUAAAUGUAAAACUGGCGGUGGCGUACUAAUAGCUACAAAAGAGUCUUCUUUUACAGAAACCAAGCAAGUAUGCUUUAAUCAAUUAGAUACUGAACUAGAAAUCGUCUGCGUUGAAUGCGCCACUAACAAUGCGCGAAUCCUUGUUGUCUGCUGCUACAAAGCUCCUGACUCCUCGUCAAAAUGGCUUCUCUCCUUUAAAAAGUUCUUAGAUUACAUUAUGGACACUUACGAUAAAAUUAUAAUGACUGGUGAUUUCAACUUCCCGCGAAUCUCGUGGUCUGAAAGCAUGGUUAUCCCAACCGGUGAAUCCGAGAGAUUUUUCUACAACACCUUAUCUGACCAUUACUUAAGUCAAUUGAUCUUCGCUCCAACAAGAGAAACUAACGUUCUUGAUCUUAUCAUGACAAACAUUCCAGACAACGUUAACAACAUUGAAGUAAUUGAUCCAACCAAUUUCAAUUUGUUUUCCGACCACAAGUGCAUACUCUUUGAGUUUCAAAGUACAGCAACACCUUCCCACAAGCUCAAAAGAUCGGUUUACGAUUACAACCGUGCGGAUUUUGAAAAAAUGAACCGUACUUUUGAACCGAUUGAAUUUGAAUUUAGCGAUCCCACAUCGAUGUCCGACAUUAACGAGAACUGGAAUUUAUGGAGAGACACUUUCCUUGCUGUAGCUGACGAAUGUAUUCCAACAAAGAUUGUAAAAGGAAGGUACAAUCCACCAUGGUUGACCGGUGAGAUAAAAUCUUUGAUCAAAAAGAAAGAAACACUACGGCGAAAAAUCCGUCGCGGAACAAAUUCUGCUGCACUUGUACAAAAAUACAAGAAUCUCCGCCGUACAUCUAAGAGAUUAAUCAAAGAAAGUCGGGAAAAGUUCUUUGGUUCCCUAAGCGAAGCUCUACCAUCCAAUCCGAAACUGUUCUGGUCAUUUUUUAAAACAACCACUAAAUCCAGCCGUAUUCCACAGCAAGUUUCCGUCGCGACAGGCAACGAAGACUCCCCACGCUUAGAUUCCACUAGUCAAAAACAAGCUGCAGAAAUGUUCAAUGACUACUUCCACUCAGUAUUUCUAACAGAAGGUGAUGAUAUUUCAAUCCCCACUACACCUGUAGGUGAAGAGACCAUUUCUGACAUUAUUUUAGACCCAAGUGAAGUAUAUGACGUUCUUCAUUGCCUCGAUCCUAGUAAAGCAUCUGGUCCAGAUAAUAUACCAAUCCGCUUACUAAAAGAAUGUGCGCACUCCAUCACACCAUCAUUAACAUGUCUCUUCAACAAAUCCUUAAAGCAUGCCUCCCUACCAUCAGAAUGGAAACUGUCCAACAUCAUCCCGCUUCAUAAAAAAGGAAUCAAGAGUUUUGUUGAGAAUUACAGACCAAUUUCCCUCAUGUGCGUUGUUGCGAAAGUUUUAGAACGUUGUGUUUACAACCGUCUGAUUGGUCAUAUAGAGAACAUGAUAUCCGUCGCACAGCAUGGUUUUCUGAGAGGAAAGUCUUGCACAGGUCAGCUCAUUUCCGUUCUUCACCGCAUCAGCCAAAACCUGGAUUCAGGGAAACAAACAGAUAUCUUGUAUUUCGAUGUUGCUAAAGCGUUUGACACGGUGAAUCAUAGCCUUCUUUUAAAGAAACUCCAACGAUUUGGACUUAGGGACAAUAUUUUAACGUGGUUUAAAAGUUAUUUAUCCGGACGACAACAGCGUGUACUAGUCAAUGGUGAGAUUUCAGAGACACGUCCAGUUUCCUCCGGCGUUCCGCAAGGAUCAAUACUCGGACCACUCCUGUUUCUCAUCUACAUAAACGACCUUCCCGAAUCAAUAACCUCAUCCGCUGUUGACGUUUCCUUGUUUGCCGACGACACAAAAUGCAUCUCAGUUAUUGAAUCACCGGUUGACGCCUGUGUCCUUCAAGCUGAAGCGAGAAACGUGGAGAAAUGGGCUGAGUUUUGGAGGCUCAAAUUCAACGCCGAAAAAUGCAAAGUUCUGAGCGUUACGAGAAAACGUCAUCCUCUUGUUGCUGAAUACAUUGUCAACGGUAAAACUUUGCAGCAUGUUUCCUCCCAGAAAGACCUCGGAGUGACGGUUUGUUCAGAUCUCAGAUGGAACACUCAUAUUUACGAGCAAGUUACGAAAGCCAACCGCCUACUUGGUGUGCUCAAACGUUCGACUAUCAAAGUUAAAAACGUAAAUACCCGACGCUGUCUCUACCUUACACUUGUGAGAUCCCAUCUUGCUUAUGCCUCACAAGUGUGGUGUCCACAGACUAUCACCAUGUGUAUGGAGCUCGAACGCAUACAACGUAGAGCGACCAAAUUCGUACUGUCUUUACCAUUCCAAACGGACAUGCCAUAUAAAACGAGACUCGCUGCGUUGAAUAUGCUACCUCUCUGUUACUGGCACGAAUAUCUUGAUAUCCUGUUCCUCUUCAAAUGCAAAUAUGGCUUGGUUAAAACUGAUAUCCUACCCGAAGAAGUUGACACUCUGACUUCAACCAUAAAUCUACGCUCUUCUAAUAACUCUCUUGUAAAAUAUAACAUUCCUAAAGUAAGAACGCUAUGUCACCAGAACAGUUAUCUUGUACGAGUAUCGCGUGUGUGGAACUGCCUACCAGAUGAGCUACGGAAACCAGAACUAUCAUUGCAGAGCUUUAAAUCACGUGUUAUAAACUAUUACCACUCCGCAACAUUAACCGUGUUUGACCAGGAAAAUCCGCAGACGUGGAAAUCAGUUUGUCUGAAAUGCCAUAAAGCCAGGCAGCUUACUGCAACAAUUAAAUGUUGUUCUUAAUUGAACUAGUUAUUUUGGCAAUUAUUCAAUGUAGUAUACCUCAUUUUAUCCGAUGUAGAGUUGGGUUUUUCGCCAUUUUCGUUUUAUCUUAUCGACGGGUACAGAACCUAUAUAUAUUCUCGCAUUUAUUCUGUUUGACAAUUUUGUCAUUUUGUUUUACCAAAUUUUGAAAUUUUUUACGCUGUCUCUCUACUUCGGAUAAAAAGGAUUAUACUAUAUUCUUGUUUGAUAUUUAAAUUAUAAGUUGUGAAGUUUUGUAUAAUGAUGUUUUGUAACAGGUCACUAACGUAAUUGGCUCACGCUGUGUUAGUGUUCCUGAACCGUCUUCCUGUUUGCAUAUGUAUAUUUCUGUUGACGGCUGAAGUUAAUAAAUCAAUAAAUCAAUUAAAUCAAGGACACGCGCGGCCAUUUCUGGUCUUCCGAGAACACAAGCAUGCAAAACAAGUACAUUUCAAAGUUCGUAUUGUGUUACAGUCGUGCCAAUAGAAGUGUUCCGAAAAAUGUUGACCAGUUCAUUUCCUAACUUCGAGGAGUUCCUCUGAACAAUUCCUCAACAAUUUGAUAAGUUCCUUAAAAAGUUCCUAACUUCCUGUUUCAUUGACCAAUCCGAUUGCUCAAAAAUAUAAAAUUUGAUUGGUCAAUGAAACAGGAAGUUAGGAACUUUCUAAGGAACUUAUCAAAUUGUUGAGGAACCGUUCAGAGGUGUUCCUUCAAGUUAGGAAAUGAACUGGUCAACAUUUUUCGGAACACUUCUAUUGGCACGACUGUAGAAUUGUUAAACUGUGGAACUAUAUUUGUACGUCUGCUCCUUCGUAUUGUUAUGUCAGUGUCUCCUCUUUUAAGUCAUACUUGCGCAAGACUUACAUCCACCUCACUAGUACUUCCUACACUCCUGACUUACCUAGUUCACACUCACUUAUCACGAUUCAAUAAAAAUAUCUAACAUUUUUCUCUUUGUCUUUUCAUUUUUUCUGCCUAUUCAUUAUCUUAGUAUUUUCAUUUAAUCUUCCUUGUCUUUGUUUCUUGUCUUUGUUUGUUGUCUAGUGGUGAGCACCUUGCAUGGGACAUAGUCUCGUUUGUGUUUUGCCACUUUUGGCACUUUCCUCGUCUUCUUGAACAAUGUAAUUGUCUGUUUAAGUUAUGUAAAUAUUCAGUUUUUUAUAUGCCAAAUUAAAGUUGUUAAAUUAAAAAUUAAUAAGCCAUAAGCCCAAUCUUUGAGUACUGCAUGUAGCCAAACUGUUUCACAUUACAACAUCCCCAAUUAAUUAUCGAAAGAAUACAGUUACAGAGCUUUCAAAAUCAUCAAUCUGUCUAGUCUACUAUCUGAUCCAUGAACAGUCCCAAUCAUACACAGUGUUCAGCAAAGUACUCAAAAUAUUUACUUAAGUAAAAGUGAAAAGUUACACCUCAAUUUUCACUUAAGUAGAAGUAAAAGUACUGAUUGAAAAUUUUACUUAAGUAAAAGUAAAAAUAUUGCCUGAAAUUUUUACUUAAGUAAGAGUCUGCCUGAAAAUUUUACUUAAGUAAAGAAAAGUAUUGGGAAAAUGUACUUAAGUAAAAGUACUACUGAAUAGAAUAUAAAUUCGCAAAGGUUUAAGCAGGAAUAGAACACUCAGACAUGUAAGUAACGUGGUAAAACAACUUUAUUCUUCAAAUACCUCCAUAUAUAUAUACUCCAGUCCACUCACCACUUUGAGAAAUACUUUUUUACUUCGCCAAAAUGUAACAAAAGUAACAAAGUAAAAAAGUAAAUAUUUACCAAAAAUCGUACUUCGUUACAAGUAAAAAUACUUCAUUAAAAAAAUACUUCGUUACAAGUAAAUACUGAUUUUUUUACUUAAGUAAAGUAACGAAGUAAAUUUACUUCGUUACUAUAGCUAACACUGGCCAUACACAAUAAGUUUACAUGUUUCCAAAUUACAAAUAACUUGUUCCAUUUAAAUGUAGAACUAAUAGAUAGAUAUUUAUAAUAUAAGUAGUAAAAAAUAAUUACUGUAGAAUAAUGGGCUAGGGACCUUUGGAAAACCUAUUGGACUUUUAUAGUAAGGCCCCUAGUUUUAGUAUUCUAAUGAUUAAAGACUACGAAAGAAGAAAUUGUAUAUACAAGCAGAAACUGUUUACAACAAAUUGAACGAUGAAAAAAUACUAAGAAAUAAAAUAGUACAUUACUAUCAUUAGUGUUCCUAAUGCUAAGGUUUUUAUAAUUUAUUUACAUUAAUUAGAUAAUAAGUAAAUGGAUUUUGCUUUUCUCUGAAAAGAAAAAUAUGUUUUGGUAUUUUUAAUUUUGUCAUCAAGAAAAUUCCAUAAAGAAAUUCCUUUGUUAAAUACAGUGACUACAGUGCAUAUACGGUAACUUACGGUAGUUAAUCAUUUUAGAGACCCUUAAUUUUAUUCCGUCGUCCGUGAAUCUAUACAAUGAAUUUAAAUAACUGAAUUUUGCUAUGCUUACAUUUUCAAACGACUGGUCUAAGUUGUUAAUUAUUUAAUUUUUUAAAUAAAUCAUAAAUCAAAUUAGAAAUGAUGGCGAUGAAAGGAAAACGAGAGCAACACGCACUCCAAUUCCUUACUAAGAAAUGCAGGACUGUAACCUAUCAGACCUCUUUCAUCAACAGAACAACAAGAAUAUGGAACACUCUUCCUAAUGAACUUAAGGGGGUCUUCCACCCUAAAAACAUUUUAUUCAAUUUAAAGGUUUUAUCAUCAUAUUUGAGUCAAAUAUGAUGGAAUAUCCUCAGCUGACGCAGGAUCAGUAACUUUUACAUUCGUCGUUGCCAUAGUAACUAAGAUAGGCCUCGCUAUAGGGUAAAAUAUAGGGUUUGCUCCAAAAAUGAUGUGAGCCAAACUAAUUCACCGAGGAUUUUAGAAACAGCUUUAAUGGACACUUAAUAUAUCGAUCUAUGUCGUGAACCUAAAAAAAUAUACAAAUAAUAUAAUAAGGCCUUCAUAUUUUACUUUUUUAAAAUUAUAUGAAGAAAGGAGUUCUUAUAAGGCUACUCUUGCAAUGUAUAUAUUGCUGAUAUAUGAAGUUUUUUAGGUCCAUGACAUGGCUAUGUAACAAGCAAAUGAACUCUGAAAAUUUCGAACGAAUUGAUUCAGUAUGAACAGUAGGAGAGUUUUUAGUAUUUCGCAAAAUGCUCAUGUGAGAAAAGCGAUUUUAAAGUUUUUGCAUAUUUUAGAAUAACUUAGAUAGAACAAUAUAAUUGAAAAUGGAACACUAGACUAAACCAAUCGCAUAUCUUUAUCGCUCCGGGUAAAAUCGUGGUUUUACCCUACGAAGGUCCGGGUAAAAUCGUGGUUUUACCCUACGAAGGUGUAGAAUUUGCUGGAUUUCUCUGGUUUACGGUACAUUUUCGUUCUUAAAAUUGCACGGAUUUUAUAAAGAACGCUAUAAAGACUACAUUUUUACGUUUUUCUAAAAAAUAACGCAUAUUGGAAAAUUUGGGUGGAAGACCACCUUAAUUAAACAACAGUCUCUUUCCUUGUCUACAUUUAAAUAUUUAUUUUACAGAUAUUACACUACUGCUAUCAAUAUACUACUAUAUGAAUCUGAAAAUCCCCGGACCAGUUGGAAAUCAAUCCGCUUGAAAUGCAGACUAGUCCCAAGUCCUCUGUGCACGCUUUUGAUUUCCGUGACGUCAUCCGUCACCUCAAUAAUAUGCAGAAACGCGCAAUAGGCGAACUAAGAGGCCUAGGGACUAGGCUGCUUGAAAUGUAACGCUGCUCGUAGUCUUGCUACUCCACUCUCUUGUUGUUCUUGAUAGUUGUAUUUGUUCACGUAAAUUUAGUUUUGUUAAUGUAAUAGACCUUUCCUCUUUUAAGUGAGAUUUUGAUCAAGACAAGUCUGGACAAAAAUUUCAUCACAGUUUGAAAGAGCAUCGCAAAAUUAGUAAUAUUCCAAAGUUUUGUUGCAAAAUGUUGUAAAAUGCGGAUGAUAUAGCCUUGCAAAGUUUGCCGUUUUCCAGUCAAAUGCAUUACAAACGGGAAAUUGAUAAUCAGAUGACCAAACUGAUUAUCAAUUAAUUCCCCUUUGUAAUACAAAAUAACUGAAAAACGGCAAACUUCGCAAGGCUAUAUUAUCCGCAUUUUACAACAUUUCGCAACGAAACUUCGGAAUAUUACUAAUUUUGCGAUGCUCUUUCAAGCUGUGAUGGAAGGCUAGUCUAGAUCAAAAUUUCACUUAAAAGGGGAAAGGUCUAUUGUAUAUUUAUACAGUAUUUGUAUAUUUGCUGCCGCAGCGAGCGAGCAUUAAGGCCCUGUUACACGGUGCAAUUUUUCAUGCAACUUGUCUCGCAAUGUUUAAAAAAAAGAUUUUGAUAAUGCAUUGCAAGAGGUGUUACACGCUGCAAUGAUAUUCAUGCAACUCGCAACGAUACGGGACAGAGGCAUGCGAAGAGAAUAGGGAGAGGCGCUAUUUGGCGCCAAAUUUUAAUUAAAGUAAAGCGUGUACUGGGGAGAGCCAAUAGGAACUCUCCAAGCAUUAAAUAUUGCAAGACAAGUUGCACGAAGCCAUGUUACACGCUGCAAUGCUAAAAAUAAUUAGUGCAAUCGUUGCUAAAAGUAGAACCGACUUCUACUCUCUGCAAUGCUUCAUGCAACUUGUCUCGCAACGAUUUUGACCAUUGCAAGGCAUGUUAAACGGUGCAAUGACUCGUGCAACUUGUCUCGCAACGCCAUUGCGAGACAAGUUGCAUGAAAAAUUGCACCGUGUAACAGGGCCUUUAAGCGAGCGAGCAAGACAGCAAACUAAAAUCGUACAGCUACUUAAAAUCUCAAUCUUGCUAGAGCCGCAAAGCAUGUUGGUUGAAAGUCAUUUUACCAACAUGCAACGCGUGGCUAUCAGGGCGGCUAUUUGAAUUAUAGUGCUAUUAAAUAUUUACAUGUACAAUUCUUCACUUUCACGCUGUUUUUAAAAGCAAUAUUGCACAGGUAUAAAUCUACAAUAGAAUUAUAAAUGCAGUUAAUUAAUUUGUGAGCGAGUGGUAGUUCAAUACAGAAAGUUUCAGAUCCAUUUUGCAUGACAUAACUCGUAUUAAAAUCACCAACGUCACUAACAGGCGACGAACAGUCGGGGAAUUUUUUUCUACAGCCAAUCACUUGUCAGAAAACAGCCGUAAACAACCUAAUUAGAACAAAAUCUUUCCAUUGCUUGUAAACUUGAGUGAAGUAUUGAAAAUUUAACUCAGUUUACAAGCCAGUAAAAUGGAAAAAUCGCUGCAAAUUGCAGUGUUGUCGCACCAAAGUUGCAGUCAAAAUCGCAGGAUGUGUACAUUGGAGAUUUCAAAAAAUCGUUGUAGAAAUCGCAGUGAAAAUUGCAAGUGUAAACAGCGGCAGGUACAAAACGCAGGUUGCAGGUUGCAGGUUGGAAUUUUGCAGGUUGCGAAUUUUGCAGGUUGGAAUUUUGCAGGUUAGGGAUUUUGCAGGUUGGAAUUUUGCAGGUUGCCAGGAAUUUUGCGAGUUGAUGAUGCAAUUUAAAAUUACACCACUAUAAAGUAUUCUAGUAUAAUUUAAUUGUGUAUUAAAUUGUUUGACUCCUUGUCGGGGCUUUUGAUAUCAGCCUAUCCUGCUGCCAUAUGUUCCUAGCCUUUGCUCUUAGGAGUCGCCAUCAAUGCCCAUCACCCUUGUGAAAACAUUCAAAAUGAGCAGAUCGGCUUGGACCUCCAGUGGGACGAAUGUUUCGAUACAUGACGUGGUGGCAGUUCAGAAAAUGCCUGAAUGAGGUGUCUCUCCUCUGCACCCACUUAAGAGAGGUCCACUCAAGCCCCCAAUUACCGUAUCAUUACCCGAGAGUUAGUUAACUUUUGACAACAUUCUAGUAUAAACGCCGUCACGUCAUGUAGGCACCUCGCAACAAUCAAAACAUUCGUCUCCCUGUAGCUCCAAGCCAAUCUGGUCAUUUUGAAUGUUUUUACGGGGGUGAUGGCCACUAGCAUUAGAGCAGAGGCGCUGACAAGGAGUCAGACUGCAAUAAAUGCACAACUAAAUUAUACUAGAAUACUAAAAAAGUGGUGUAAUUUUAAGUUUGCAUUAUCAACCUGCAAAGUUCUUGGCAACCUGCAAAAUUCCAACCUGCAAAAUCCCCAACCUGCAAAAUUCCAACCUGCAAAAUUCCCAACCUGCAAAAUUCCAACCUGCAACCUGCAACCUGCAACCUGCGUUUUGUACCUGCCGGUGUAAACAGGCCUUUGUGUUUAUGGAAGUAUAAAUAUUCACUAAAGCAUAGUUAAAGCAAGAAUAUAUCAAGUGGAAUCUGUUGAAUUAAUCGCUGUUUUUAUAGUGCGCGUACAAAUACAAACGACAAAUACUAUCGGAUUUAAAAAUUAAGUCUAAUACUGCUAUAUUUCACUAUAUUUUAGAUAGUAUUUUAAUACGUUUCCGGCGCAGUUUUAUAGGCCACGCUUCAAAUUUUGUAUUUGUAUAUUUCGUGUAUGCGAUAACACAUCUUUGAUUUGCAAUCACUACAAACAGUAUUUUAAAACGUUCAUGGCGUGUGCUACUCAAAGGCAGCAUUUACUACAUUUUAGGUAACCUAGUUAUGCAGUAUUUGUAAAAUAAGGCCACAGUAAAUGGUUUUUAUACUGUUGCGGUGACCCUGGUAGGCAAAGGCUCUCGAAUAAGACUCGUUUCAAAUAACUCCUCUUUCUAUUUUUACAGAAAGCGUUGCCCUCAACAAACCGGUAACACGAAGCUCAGCUUAUAAUGCUGGUUAUCUCGCCUCGCGAACAGUGGACAUGAAUUUCGAAUCCUAUUUCGUCACAAACCAGGAAGUACAACCAUGGAUAAGAGUCGAUUUGGAAGAACUCUAUUACAUACACGAAGUAGUGAUAUGGCUAAGGAAUGAUUGUUGUAGCAGUACGAAACAGGAUAUAGCCGUGAGAGCGGGUAGGUGAGGGCAUACAGUUAAGGUUACAGGAUACCCUUUUUGGCGUUUUGUGGAAAAUCGCUACUGCGCGCUCAAAAUCAGUCUGAUUUUCAUCAAAUUUUCACCAAAUGUUAGCCAGUGCAUGCAAAAUAUGGUAAAGUUGUAAAAUUGACAAACAAUAAAAUACUGUAAGAAUUAUUCAGGAAAAUCUUAAAUCGCGGUACCUUUACGCUUUUGAGUUAUGUUCCUGCUGGUUUUAAGAUAUAUUUAUGAAAAUAUCAUUUUUAUACAGUAAAAUAGUUGUUCUAAAAAAUUGUGUUCGGAAAUUUUUGUUUAUUUCCUCAUUCCGCUGAUAUGGCGAUUUCUUUGACGACUGCAAUAUAUUUCUGUGAUACGAAAGCGGAUAUAGCAGUGAGAGCGUGUAGGUGGGGCUAUCUUUACUACAUAUAGAAGUUGUGAGGAGGCAGAACAUGACAGAAGGGGAAGAUAGGUGGGGUCUUUACUACAUACACAAGAUCUUAGGAAACAGAACAUAGAAGUAAGAGAAGGUAGGUGGGAUGUAGAAGGGGGAGGAGACUGAGAGGAAGCUAUCUUUACUAUCUUAACAAGUUGAGGGCAAAGAACAUGGCAGUUAAAACAGGUAGGUGGGGGUUAGGAGGGGGGGGAGGCUGAGAGGGGGCUAUCUUUACUACAUACAGACGUUGUGAGGACCCAGUCCAUGGCAGUUGAAACAGGUAGGUGGGGGUUAGGAGGGGAAAGAGACUGAGAGGGGGCUAUUUCGCUUCAUACAGAAGUUGUGCAUGAGGACACAGAAUACAGAAGUAAGAAAAGGUAGGUGGGAGGUAGGAGGGAAUGACUGAAAGGGGGCUAUCUUUAGUCUUUAUUACAUACAGAAGUUGUGAGGACGCAGAACAUGGCAGUUAAAACAGGUAGGUGGGGGUUAGGAGGAGACUGUGAGGGAGCUGUCUUUACUACAUGCAUUACACUGUUACACAGUAACUCAGCCGUCAUUCAAAGGGUUUCAGAAAUUAUUGCGGAGGCCAGGGUGUGUGUGUGUGUUGCCUCCCCCUAGUCACAGAAUAAAUACACACAGACUAGUCACAGAAUAAAUACACACAGAAGGUAGACUCAGGAAAAAAACCCAUAACUGUUGCCACGCUAUGAUUCGUCAUCAAAAUGCUAGCGUCAUGGUCCUAGCCAGCGCGCGUGUGAGAAGCAAUUCUUCCCCUCUGGACGUCCGCCAUUUUGAAUAUCAUUAGGGGGUGAAUGGUUCAUAAGCGCACUGGCUAGGACCAUUGCGUCAGCAUUUUGAUGACAAAUUACGGUUAGGCCAGAGUCAUAGGAAAAACCAAGAAGUUGGGUUUCUGUAUAGUCUCUAUUCUGUGCCCUGGUGUCCCUCACUGUUUGAGAUCAAAGCAAGAUAUAUUUGCGAGCGAAAUUAAACAUCAAGAUGUUACUAGAAACUCUUUCUUUUUUCAGGACGCAGCCUUGCGAACAAUGGGAAUUCAAAUCACUUCUGUGGCAGUCACGUCUUCUACCAAUUGGAGAUCAGGUCAUUUUAUUGCAAAGUGAUUGGGAGAUAUGUUAACGUUCAACUUGUAGAAGAAUUUUCUGCAAUUUUUUCCAUUGGGGAGAUCGUGGUGAACCCUGAAACUACAGGUGAGCGGGGACGGGUGGUGUUGGGGGGGGGGACUUGCAAAUUAGCUCAAUGAUUCAAGCUUGGUAGUUGCAAUGAUUUAAAAAACAGUCUCGUAUUAUUCCGCUAACCAAUGUCUUACUAAUAUGGACAAAGGUCUGAUUAAUUGCUUUUUAUUUCUAGACCUCAAAAAAGAUUUUUGACCAGGAACGUAACUAGACCGAUAAUUGGGGGGGGGGACAUAUUCAUAUAUUUGUGUUCUGCCCGACGGAUUUCUUUUGAAGCAAUUGUUUUUACGGUAUGUGAACAUGAAUAUAUGAAUAAUAACCCCCCCCCCCCAAUUAUCGCGUUUGGCUACGGCCCUGCUUGUGACACUGUUGACCAUAAAAUUCUAAUUUUUAAAGCUAGAAUUAUACGGAAUAAGAGGAACCGCAUUACACUUAUUUCAAUCUUAUAUCUCUGAAAGAAAACAGAUAUGUAAACUUCAAAAUAUAAUGUCAGAAGUUACUAAUGUAACUUGCGGGGUUCCCCAGGGAUCAAAACUAGGCCCGUUACUCUUUCUGUUAUACAUUAAUGACCUCCCUAAUUGCCUAGAAGAAACACAAGCUUCUGGUGUUUGCGGACGAUAGAAACUUGUCUUGUAAAGGUAAAUCGUCCACAGAAAUCGAAAACAAAAUUGACACUGACUUAGAAAACGUACAUAAAUGGCUAAUUGCCAACAAAUUAACAUUGAAUCAGGAAAAAACUGAAUGCAUGUUGGUAGGCUCAAGACAGAGACUACAACAAUCUUCAAGUAAUCCUCAAAUAGUUAUUGGCAACCAUAUUAUACAGCAGGUCCCAAGUAAGAAAGUUCUUGGGGGUUAUUAUUGA